CUCGUUCCUUAUUUAGGGUUCCUUAGGUCAACGCCCCGACUGUAGCCGUUUUGGCUCACGCCUGGGGCUCAGGCAGGGGUGGCCGAAGGUGGUAGCCGUGACCGUCGCUUCUUCCACCGCGCAGUCUUUCUUCUGGACGGGCCAAUGUCGUCGAAGUGCCAGCGCCUCUUCCUGGCCGUCUCGAGCCUCACGGCGGUGUUCCUGUUUUCUGGCAUCGUGUUCGGAUGGGCAGCUUUUAACCAGAUGUUGCUUAAACAAGGCUACUACGCGCACAAGUGCGGUCCCGAAGAUCCUGUCCACUGUGAUGCGCAGAUUGGGGCCCUAAACGCAGCAUUUACGGCUGCGUCGACCGCGGUGUCUUUGGUGGCUCUUCCAGCAGGCAUUUUCGUGGAUUCGUGCGGUCCAAUGCUAGGUGCAUUGGUGGCUGGGGUCUUGAACGUCAUAGGCCUCAUCGGCAUGGCCCUUUCCAAGACAAUCGGUAGCGAAGAGCACGAUGUGUUCCUGUAUGCUCUUGUCGUCCAGGCCAUCGGGGGAUCACUCACCAUGUUCUGUGGAUAUACGGUACCGUUUCUCUUUCCUAGCCGCGACACCUUGCUGAUUGAAACGAAUAGUUGCCUCUUCGACGCCAGUACAAUCAUUUUCCCGAUCUUCAAGAUAGUGUUCGACGCGGGGUUUUCUUUCGAGGGUAUUCUCGAAAUCUACGCGGGCGUUGCCGCCGUGAGUUUCUUCUUGCUGGUGGUCGCCUGGAGCUUCUCCAUCAAGGAUCUCAAGGAGAUUAAGGAACGUGCCGGCGACGCACCCGCUGAUGGGAAUACCGAAGCCCUCUCUGCGAGGCCUUUCGGGGCUCAGCUUCGCACCUUGGAGUUUGCAGCCAUCUUGGUGUUCACGACCAUACAGAUUCCACGAUCGAAUAUUUACAUGGGGAGCGUGGACCUGGUGAACAAGCACAUCGUCGAUCAGAGCGGGCAGGUGAAAUACUUGGAUACGGUCGGGACCAUCAUCGGGCUUGUCAUCCCCUUUGGCUUCCUCUCCGUUCCGCUGAUCGAGCUCUGCGUCCACCGAGGAGGUAUCAUGUUUACCGUCUACCUCACCACCGUGAUUGGCUGGAUCUACGUCGGCUUGCAGUUCGUCCCAGAGCUUUUCACGCAGCUCGGCACGGUCGUGGUCUUUGCCGCGUGGCGGGCGUUUUUGUUCAGCAUCAUCAGCGCGUACAACGCGGAGUUCUUUGGGCCGCGGUCGAUGGGUCGCGUCAUGGGCCUCUCGUUCCUGUUUUCUGGGCUUGCCAAUUUCGUCCAGGCGCCUCUGAUAUCUUGGACGUUGGAUGCCCAGAGCGGGGACUUCACCUGGACGCUGCUCAUCAUCCUGCUGGUAUCCGUACCUUUGCCCCUCCUGUUCGUCGCCGUUCAGGUGAAGCAGAGAAGAAUGGGCACGUUUGUCGCACGUACGUUUAGCGUCGUGCGUGGCGAGUCCAUGCACAUGACCCGUGUUCUGACGCAUGGUACCGCGGGCGGAGGGCCAGAACCACAUGUGUUAAACGCUGCUAUAGAGCGCUCGAGGUCGACAGGGAGGGAGGCUCUCAUCUGACUCGAAUGUCUAUGAGGUUUUGGCCGCUUGACGAUUUCCACAUGCACGAGCCCACAAACCUGUGAAUGUGUAUACGUAGCACCCCGCAAUUGCGGAUAAGAGUGAGGGGGCGGGCGCGGGCGACGCGGGCGUUGAGCCGGCGGACUUCGUGGCCCUCACGAAUGCAAAAGAAACUGACAUGUUGCCACUGCGGGGUAAGUGAUCGCGGUGUAGAGCACUGCUGACAGGCGUGCCGACCAUGAGGCUCUCAAUGGGUUGGGCAUCAAUGUUUGAUAUUGAUGAUGGGCUUGGCGAUCGGGGAAACACAGACCGACGCAGGCACGGUGCACCGCCCAGCCCUUUUUUCGACGCCCGGCUCACCACGUGCCUUGAUCCGCCCCGGCAGGGCGACCGCCGCCGGGCGCGCAGCGCGUGCCCAGCCCCUGGCGUUGGAGCAUUCUGUGCUAUGAGCAGAUGAACUCCUAGGGGAGGAGGUACUUUUGACCGCGCGUGUGAAAGCCCGGCCCUCGCCAGGGGCGGCCGUGCGGCGCGGCCGCGCGCGGUGCCGCACGGCCGCCCCCGGCAUAUUCUGUUAUCCUGGAAAAACGUAGCGGUUUCACGGCCGGGGUCUGCGAUCGUCGAGAGGUCAAUUUCCUGCACUGGUGCCGCGCGCAUCCGUCGUGAUGGAAAUCGCCACCGUCCACCUCCACGUGCGGAGGGGUGGCCUUACUCUACAUGCGGCUCUUUCAUUCAGUGCCGCGCACACUCG